AUGGCGGCACUGCGGUUGCGGCUGGCCCUGUCGGUGCUGUGGCAGCUGGCGGCGGCCGGGCGCGGGUUGGAGCUGGGGGCGCUGGAGGGGCCACGGGGACGGGCGGCGCGGUGCCAGCCCGUCGACAUCCCCAUGUGCCGGGGCAUCGGGUACAACCUGACCCGCAUGCCCAACCUGCUGGGCCACGAGAGCCAGCGCGAGGCCGCCCUGAAGCUGCACGAGUUCGCCCCGCUGGUGGAGUACGGCUGCCACGUCCACCUGCGCUUCUUCCUCUGCUCCCUCUACGCGCCCAUGUGCACCGACCAGGUGAGCGCCAGCAUCCCCGCCUGCCGCCCCAUGUGCGAGCAGGCCCGCCACAAGUGCGUCCCCAUCAUGGAGCAGUUCAAUUUCGGCUGGCCCGAGUCGCUCGACUGCGGCAAGCUGCCCACCAAGAACGACCCCAAUGCCCUCUGCAUGGAGGCCCCCGAGAACGCCUCGGCCGCCGAGCCCCACAAGGGCCAGGGCAUGCUGCCCGUGGCCCCCCGGCCCUGGCCGCCGGGCACCGCUGAGGGCCGGGGACCCAACGGCCUGGGGGCCUGCGACAACCCCGAGAAGUUCCAGUACGUGGAGAAGAGCCUCUCCUGCGCGCCCAGGUGCUCCCCCGGGGUGGACGUCUACUGGUCCCGGGAGGACAAGGACUUCGCCUUCAUCUGGAUGGCCGUCUGGUCCACCCUCUGCUUCGUCUCCACCGCCUUCACCGUCCUCACCUUCCUGCUCGACCCCCACCGCUUCCAGUACCCCGAGAGGCCCAUCAUCUUCCUCUCCAUGUGCUACAACGUCUACUCCGUGGCCUUCAUCAUCCGCUCCGUGGCAGGGGCGGAGAACAUCGCCUGCGACCGGGAGAACGGCGAGCUCUACAUCAUCCAGGAGGGGCUGGAGAGCACAGGCUGCACCAUCGUCUUCCUCAUCCUCUACUACUUUGGCAUGGCCAGCUCGCUCUGGUGGGUCGUCCUCACCCUGACCUGGUUCCUGGCUGCCGGGAAGAAGUGGGGACACGAGGCCAUCGAGGCCCACAGCAGCUACUUCCACAUGGCCGCCUGGGGCAUCCCGGCCAUGAAGACCAUCGUCAUCCUCACCAUGCGGAAGGUGGCAGGGGACGAGCUCACGGGGCUGUGCUACGUGGGGAGCAUGGACGUCAGCGCCCUGACCGGCUUCGUCCUCAUUCCCCUCUCCUGCUACCUGGUCAUUGGCACCUCCUUCAUCCUCACGGGCUUCGUCGCCCUCUUCCACAUCCGGAAGAUCAUGAAGACGGGCGGCACCAACACGGAGAAGCUGGAGAAGCUGAUGGUGAAGAUCGGUGUCUUCUCUAUCCUCUACACCGUCCCGGCCACCUGCGUCAUCGUCUGCUACUUCUACGAGCGGCUGAAUGUGGAUUACUGGAACCUCAGGGCCCUGGAGCGCGGCUGCCGGCACCUCCCCGGCCGGCGGGCCGCCAACUGCUCCCUGGAGGCCUCGGUGCCCACCGUGGCCGUCUUUAUGCUAAAGAUUUUUAUGUCGCUGGUGGUGGGCAUCACCAGCGGGGUGUGGGUGUGGAGCUCCAAGACGCUGCAGACCUGGCAGAGCCUGUGCAACAGAAAGCUGGGCAUGAGGACGAGGGGCAAGCCCUGCAGCGGGGUGAGCUGCGGCGGGGUGCACUGCCACUACAAAGCCCCCACGGUCAUGCUGCACAUGACCAAGACGGACCCGUAUCUGGACAACCCGACGCACGUCUAGAGAGGGGGCUGCCCCCUCCCCGGGGAUGGCGCGCCGGGGGAAGCUCACGGGUAAGGGGCGAGGGGAUGCUGCUGGGGGCGAGG